AUGGCCUUAUCUUGUUGCCUAAUAUGUAACACCAGAGUUGUCUCGUCAUUAAGGAAUAUUUACAAUAUUUUUGAUGAAAACGCAAUCUCAUUCUCUAAGGAUGAAGUGCCUACUCCAACCUCACUGCAGUCCGGUAAGAAGCUUUCAGAAGUUGUAAGCGACAUAGUCGGCAUAACCCUAGAGGAAAACAAAGUACACUCUAACAUAAUAUGCAAGAAGUGCCACAAGUCUUGCAUGGAAUAUGAUAUGAUUCAUACUAGGUUAACAAACUUAAAAGGUGAAAUUCUAGACCAAUUCAAAAAUUCAAUACAUAGUCAUAAUCUAGACUAUGAAAACUACAAAAAUUUGGUCAUCACAAAGAACAAUAUCGCUGCUGCUUCAAUACAGAAGCAACCAGUUAUCCUAAGUAAGAAACUGGUGUUGCCUGCUUCGAAAUUGCAGCCUAUACCGCCAGAUUUGUUGUUGAAAGUGGGGAAAUUACCGGCUUUCUCCAAGGGCAAUAUUGUUUUACCACAAAUUCAGAAUGGCAAUGCUUCUACUCUUAAUCUUAAAGUAACAGUUGGAACGUCAGUUCUAACUCAGACUAUCAAAACUACAACAACCACAAACGCAGCAGUAAAACAGACCGCAAACUUACUAACAACUCUAACGAAUGACAUUGAACACAUGGUCACCUCACAGAGUCAUACAUCACCAAAAACUUCAAUAUUAAAUUUCAACGUGAAUUCUUUGCCAAACAACUUCUUGUCCGAGGCAAUGUUAACUAGGAAUGAUGAUGAAGAUAAUAGUGAAGAUGUUAAAAGUAAUGGAGAUGACAAAGGAACUGAUGGUCAGUCGAUGGAGAUUGAUGGGGAUUAUUCAAUCUCCCUGGUUCCUGUGUCGAAUGCUGAUAAUAAUAACCUGGUGUUAGAAGUCGAAGGAGUUAAGUCCAGUUCCAAAGUAUCUUCUGAAGUUGAAGAAUUCCUUAAUGUCGAAGAACUACAGUCUUUAGACAGUACUAAUGAAGAACACAAGUAUAUACUCGGCAAGCUGGAGAUUCUGAAUGGGGGUGAAGACGAGAUUGAUGAGGAUGAAGAGGCACAUACGAUAGUUGUGGACAGUGAGAAUGGAUCAAUACUCCGCAUGGUCUCCGGUCAGAAGUUCAUGUACGAGGGUGGAGAGAUAUCGCUGGUGAUGACUGAGGAUGACCAGCAACAAGAUGAAGCCAAUGAGCUCAACGAAGAGCAGGGAGAUGAUUCGAAUGAUGAGACAGCCAUCGAACUUCAAAUGGCUGGAGAUGAAGAGACUGCCAAUGCUAUCAUAGCUGCUGCUCAGGAACAAGGCGGGGCGCUGAUCAAGGUGGAAUCUGGGGAGAUGUUCCGCGUGCACAGCGUGGAGCCGCGCCACGAGCCUUCCCCCCACCAGCCUCCCCCCCACCAGCUGGUGCGGCGCCAAGGGGACGGCUUCCAGUGCCUACUCUGCGAAGCCAACAACGAGGGCGAGGCGGAGGAGGAGAAGCGGUCGGUGUCGGGCGACGCGGAGUGGAUGAUGCGCCACGUGAAGCGGUCCCACGACGCGCGCGUCUACAUCUGCCAGUUCUGCUCCGCCAUCAUGCGCAGGAAGGUCGACUACACCGCGCACAUGGUGGAGCACGCGAGUUCCCUGAAGGGCGGUCGCGGCGUCGGGGCGGCCUCGCACACGUGCGCGCUCUGCAACAAGACCUUCGGCAGCCGCGCGCUGCUGCUGGAGCACGCCAACGUGCACGCCGGCCUCAGGCCCCACGCCUGCGCGCUGUGCCACAAGGCCUUCGCCAACAAGUACACCUACCAGGCGCACGUCAAGACUCACGCGGUACGUACACACACACGCCGGCCUCAGGCCCCACGCCUGCGCGCUGUGCCACAAGGCCUUCGCCAACAAGUACACCUACCAGGCGCACGUCAAGACUCACGCGGUACGUACACACACACGCCGGCCUCAGGCCCCACGCCUGCGCGCUGUGCCACAAGGCCUUCGCCAACAAGUACACCUACCAGGCGCACGUCAAGACUCACGCGGUACGUACACACACACGCCGGCCUCAGGCCCCACGCCUGCGCGCUGUGCCACAAGGCCUUCGCCAACAAGUACACCUACCAGGCGCACGUCAAGACUCACGCGGUACGUACACACACACGCCGGCCUCAGGCCCCACGCCUGCGCGCUGUGCCACAAGGCCUUCGCCAACAAGUACACCUACCAGGCGCACGUCAAGACUCACGCGGUACGUACACACACACGCCGGCCUCAGGCCCCACGCCUGCGCGCUGUGCCACAAGGCCUUCGCCAACAAGUACACCUACCAGGCGCACGUCAAGACUCACGCGGUACGUACACACACACGCCGGCCUCAGGCCCCACGCCUGCGCGCUGUGCCACAAGGCCUUCGCCAACAAGUACACCUACCAGGCGCACGUCAAGACUCACGCGGUACGUACACACACACGCCGGCCUCAGGCCCCACGCCUGCGCGCUGUGCCACAAGGCCUUCGCCAACAAGUACACCUACCAGGCGCACGUCAAGACUCACGCGGUACGUACACACACACGCCGGCCUCAGGCCCCACGCCUGCGCGCUGUGCCACAAGGCCUUCGCCAACAAGUACACCUACCAGGCGCACGUCAAGACUCACGCGGUACGUACACACACACGCCGGCCUCAGGCCCCACGCCUGCGCGCUGUGCCACAAGGCCUUCGCCAACAAGUACACCUACCAGGCGCACGUCAAGACUCACGCGGUACGUACACACACACGCCGGCCUCAGGCCCCACGCCUGCGCGCUGUGCCACAAGGCCUUCGCCAACAAGUACACCUACCAGGCGCACGUCAAGACUCACGCGGUACGUACACACACACGCCGGCCUCAGGCCCCACGCCUGCGCGCUGUGCCACAAGGCCUUCGCCAACAAGUACACCUACCAGGCGCACGUCAAGACUCACGCGGUACGUACACACACACGCCGGCCUCAGGCCCCACGCCUGCGCGCUGUGCCACAAGGCCUUCGCCAACAAGUACACCUACCAGGCGCACGUCAAGACUCACGCGGUACGUACACACACACGCCGGCCUCAGGCCCCACGCCUGCGCGCUGUGCCACAAGGCCUUCGCCAACAAGUACACCUACCAGGCGCACGUCAAGACUCACGCGGUACGUACACACACACGCCGGCCUCAGGCCCCACGCCUGCGCGCUGUGCCACAAGGCCUUCGCCAACAAGUACACCUACCAGGCGCACGUCAAGACUCACGCGGUACGUACACACACACGCCGGCCUCAGGCCCCACGCCUGCGCGCUGUGCCACAAGGCCUUCGCCAACAAGUACACCUACCAGGCGCACGUCAAGACUCACGCGGUACGUACACACACACGCCGGCCUCAGGCCCCACGCCUGCGCGCUGUGCCACAAGGCCUUCGCCAACAAGUACACCUACCAGGCGCACGUCAAGACUCACGCGGUACGUACACACACACGCCGGCCUCAGGCCCCACGCCUGCGCGCUGUGCCACAAGGCCUUCGCCAACAAGUACACCUACCAGGCGCACGUCAAGACUCACGCGGUACGUACACACACACGCCGGCCUCAGGCCCCACGCCUGCGCGCUGUGCCACAAGGCCUUCGCCAACAAGUACACCUACCAGGCGCACGUCAAGACUCACGCGGUACGUACACACACACGCCGGCCUCAGGCCCCACGCCUGCGCGCUGUGCCACAAGGCCUUCGCCAACAAGUACACCUACCAGGCGCACGUCAAGACUCACGCGGUACGUACACACACACGCCGGCCUCAGGCCCCACGCCUGCGCGCUGUGCCACAAGGCCUUCGCCAACAAGUACACCUACCAGGCGCACGUCAAGACUCACGCGGUACGUACACACACACGCCGGCCUCAGGCCCCACGCCUGCGCGCUGUGCCACAAGGCCUUCGCCAACAAGUACACCUACCAGGCGCACGUCAAGACUCACGCGGUACGUACACACACACGCCGGCCUCAGGCCCCACGCCUGCGCGCUGUGCCACAAGGCCUUCGCCAACAAGUACACCUACCAGGCGCACGUCAAGACUCACGCGGUACGUACACACACACGCCGGCCUCAGGCCCCACGCCUGCGCGCUGUGCCACAAGGCCUUCGCCAACAAGUACACCUACCAGGCGCACGUCAAGACUCACGCGGUACGUACACACACACGCCGGCCUCAGGCCCCACGCCUGCGCGCUGUGCCACAAGGCCUUCGCCAACAAGUACACCUACCAGGCGCACGUCAAGACUCACGCGGUACGUACACACACACGCCGGCCUCAGGCCCCACGCCUGCGCGCUGUGCCACAAGGCCUUCGCCAACAAGUACACCUACCAGGCGCACGUCAAGACUCACGCGGUACGUACACACACACGCCGGCCUCAGGCCCCACGCCUGCGCGCUGUGCCACAAGGCCUUCGCCAACAAGUACACCUACCAGGCGCACGUCAAGACUCACGCGGUACGUACACACACACGCCGGCCUCAGGCCCCACGCCUGCGCGCUGUGCCACAAGGCCUUCGCCAACAAGUACACCUACCAGGCGCACGUCAAGACUCACGCGGUACGUACACACACACGCCGGCCUCAGGCCCCACGCCUGCGCGCUGUGCCACAAGGCCUUCGCCAACAAGUACACCUACCAGGCGCACGUCAAGACUCACGCGGUACGUACACACACACGCCGGCCUCAGGCCCCACGCCUGCGCGCUGUGCCACAAGGCCUUCGCCAACAAGUACACCUACCAGGCGCACGUCAAGACUCACGCGGUACGUACACACACACGCCGGCCUCAGGCCCCACGCCUGCGCGCUGUGCCACAAGGCCUUCGCCAACAAGUACACCUACCAGGCGCACGUCAAGACUCACGCGGUACGUACACACACACGCCGGCCUCAGGCCCCACGCCUGCGCGCUGUGCCACAAGGCCUUCGCCAACAAGUACACCUACCAGGCGCACGUCAAGACUCACGCGGUACGUACACACACACGCCGGCCUCAGGCCCCACGCCUGCGCGCUGUGCCACAAGGCCUUCGCCAACAAGUACACCUACCAGGCGCACGUCAAGACUCACGCGGUACGUACACACACGCGCCGGCCUCAGGCCCCACGCCUGCGCGCUGUGCCACAAGGCCUUCGCCAACAAGUACACCUACCAGGCGCACGUCAAGACUCACGCGAUUCGUCCACGUCCACACAAAUGCAAUCAAUGUGGAAAAUCAUUCUUAACGCAACAGCAUCUUAUUCAACAUGAAAAAACUCACUCAGGGAUUAAGGAUUUCAUCUGUAAUAUAUGUAAUAAAGCGUUCAGCACCCAACACAACUUGGAGGUCCACGGCGUCGUCCACUCGGGCAACAAGUCGUUCGUGUGCAACGUCUGCUCCAAGGCCUUCGCCAGAAGAGCUGAGCUCAGGGACCACAUGAGGACACACACUGGCGAGCGUCCGUUCCCGUGCGACAUCUGCGGCGCGCGCUUCACGCAGCGCUCCAACCUGCACUCGCACCGCCGCGCCACGCACCUGGACGACAAGCGACACUCCUGCACGCUCUGUCCCAAGAGGUUCAAGCGCAGGAGAUUGUUAGAGUACCACAUAAAGGCGUCUCACACGGGCGAGCGGCCCCUCAAGUGCAAAGUGUGUGGCGCGUCCUUUGUAUACCCCGAACAUUACAAGAAGCACAUACGUAUACACAGUGGGGACAGACCCUAUGUGUGUGAGAUCUGCGGCAAGUCGUUCAACUCGGCGGACAACCGCAACACGCACCGGUUCGUGCACAGCGACAAGAAGCCCUACGAGUGCGUCGCGUGCGGCGCCGGGUACAUGCGCAAGCAGCUCCUCUACGCGCACAUGAACACCAGCGGUCAUUUGGCGGAAUCGAUAGUGGUUAACCAACCAAGAGUCAUCAAGGUCUCAGAAAAUAACCCGAGUGCUUCCGUGGCGAAUGAAACAUCUGAGUCGCAGUCACUCAACAAAUUUGAUACGAUAUUUGCAGCGAGCGAAUUAGAUACUAGUGUCAAAUCAGUCAGUUUUGUCAAAACAGAGGAAUUACAGGAUACAAAACUAAUUUGCAAUAUAAUAUCAGAUGAUAAGAAAUUAAUAUUACAAGAUCCUGAAAAAACGACAUUGAGCCUUCUUCAAGAGAAUGAAGACCCUACAUUGCUGACUAUACAUAAUCUUGGCGAUAGAAGUCAGAAUGCAAUUUUGGAAGCGGUCAGCGCUGAACAGUUGUCUGAUCAAACCGAGAUCGUAGCCAACGAUGAGAACGGCGGAGUAGUCCGACUGAUACAGAUCAAGCUGCCGGACGGGAACAACGGAUGGGUCGCGCUUAACCGCUGA